AUGGAUGGUGAAACAGAUUCAUCCAAAGGGAAGAAUAUAGAGUGUGAUAUGCAGAAGAAGAAUCCAGUCUACCAUCUAGGAUCGAGUGAUGGUCCAGGUAUCAUCAUCACGCCGAUUGUUCUAAAGGGGACUAACUAUGAUGAAUGGGCUAGAGCCAUAAGAAUAUCAUUGAUAGCUAAAAGAAAGUUUGGUUUUGUUGAUGGAACUAUCACAAAACCUGAAUAUAGUGAUCAGUUGGAAGAGUGGAUUGUUGUCCAGUCAAUGCUUGUUUCAUGGAUUAGCAACACGUUAGAUUCAUCAAUCAGAUCGAGCUUGGGAUAUUAUGAUAACGCAAACUUGCUGUGGACACAGUUGAAGAGACGAUACUGUGUUGUAAGUGGAACGAGAAUCUGUCAGCUAAAAGCUUCGUUAGCCGAGUGCAAACAAAAGAAAGCAGAAGGUGUAGCAGAUUACUUUGGGAGAUUGAACAAGAUAUGGGAUGAGAUGGUAACAUACAUCAAGGUACCUCAGUGCAAGUGUGGAAAGUGCACUUGUGAUAUCGCGUCACAAGUAAGUAUGUUGAGAGAAGAAGACUUGCUGCAUUAUUUUUUGAUUGGAUUAGACUCUGUGUAUAGUUCCGUGCGUGAACAACUAUUGGCUAGAUACCCGUUGCCAUCAACAGAUGUAGCAUACCAGACAAUGGUGAAUUCGGAGAGUCUGCGUAUAGGAGAAGUAUCUAUGUUUACGCAGGUACAUGACAAUGUGAUGGCAUUCAGAGUACAAUCUGAUCAACGUCAACUCAACAAUACGUAUGAUCCUAACAAGCAUUGCAAGUACUAUAGUAGAGAUGGACACUCAGAGGAUGGGUGUUUUCAACGUAUUGGAUACCCAGAAUGGUGGGGAGACAUACCUAGAGGCGGAAGAGGAUCUGGUCGAGGAGGAAGAACCAAUGGUAGAGGGCGUGGUGGCACUAACUUUGCUGGUGGCAGAGGAGGCCGCGGACAAGGUGCAGUCAACCAGGUUCGAGCACACAACCUUAACAUAUCAGACAUAAGGCAGUCAGGUGGAGCGUCCUCAUCAGAAGCUUCAGGUUUGACUGGAGUCACAACAACUCAGCUUCAACAGGUGCUUGAGUUUUUAAACUCAAGAAAAUCUACGCCUCAACUUCAAGGUAACAAGAACGAAACUGUUUGGAUUGUAGACAAGGGAGCUACAAAUCAUGUCACAUAUAAAAGGGACGACAUGAUAGAGAUAAAAGAUAUUAAGGCAUGCACUAUUGGACUUCCAGAUGGGAAGUAUGCACUUUCUGAGAAGAUAGGAACUGUUAUCCUUCCUGGGGAUUUGAGACUAGAAAAUGUGCUUUAUGUGCCUCGGAUAACUUUUGAAGUUAUGGCUGUUAGUGGAGAUUCGUAUGAGCUAUGGAAUUGGCGUAUGGGACAUCCUUCAGAAAAAGUUUUGCAGAAGUUACAAGGACGUCAGUUUAAUAAAGAUAUCAAAAUUGUUAGAAGUGAUAAUGGAACUGAGUUCAAUGCAUUGCGUGGAUACUUUCGAACUAAUGGGAUAGUGUUUGAGACAUCCUGUUUGAAGGUAUUUGGAUGCCUGUGUUAUGUGCAUGAUCAAAGUAGUAAAAGGGAUAAAUUUGCGAGCAGAGGAAGAAGGUGUGUCUUCCUUGGUUAUCCGUUUGGUAAAAAGGCGUGGCAAGUUUAUGAUUUAGACACGAAAGAAUUUCGGGUGUCAAGAGAUGUCAAGUUUUUUGAACAUCAAUUUCCGUUUAAGAUUGAUGGUGAAUCAAGUAAGAGGGCGAAUGAGAUGAUGCAGUCGAGAUUUACCGCUUCAUCUGCGACUAAUGUGCAAGGUGUAUCGGCUGAGAGGGUUCAGUUCAGUCCUGAUGAGUACUGGAGUGAUGAUGAAAACAGCGAGGAAGCAGUAUUAGCUCCUCAAAGUGGAGUUCCAACAGAGACAGAUGAUGCUGGGGCUUCAGCCGAGACCGAGGAAGCUGGUGUUUCUACUGAGACUGACGGGACUGGUAGUUCAGCUGAGUCUGAGAGUAUGGGUCAGAGAAUACAAUGUGAUGUUCCGGAAAAACAUGAAGACAAUAUGGCUUCUCGCAAUGAUGACAUGGGUAAAGGAAAGCGUCAGAAGUUUCCGUCUAGCAGACUCAAAGGAUUUGUGACGCACACCAUUAGAGAAAAUAGUCUACCUCAUCCUCAUUCUACACAAUCAUCAGCCUCAGCUGGGUCUGCACCGCGUAACUUUAAAGAAGCCAUGAAACAUCCAGGGUGGAGGAAAUCCAUGGAGGCAGAAAUCCGAGCUUUGGAAGAACAAGGUACAUGGGAAUUGCAAGAAUUACCGCCGGGCAAGAGAGCCCUUGGGAGUAAAUGGAUUUACACGGAGAAGUAUGAUGAAAAUGGGAAGUUGGGAGACAUGCAGCUUAAUGUCUUGGUUUAUGUAGAUGAUUUGAUUGUUGCAGGGAAUAAUCUAGUGGAGCGGAAGUAUGCAUUGGAUAUUAUCAUGGAAACGGGUUUAUUAGGAGCUAAACCUGCUGAGUUUCCAAUGGAGACUAACCAUCGUCUUGCUUUGGCGCAGGGAGAUUGGUUUGCUGAUGUGGAGAAAUAUAGAAGACUAAUUGGUAGACUGAUUUAUUUGGCAGUGAAUCGACCUGAUCUUACAUACUCGGUGCAUACAUUGUCUCAGUUUAUGCAAAAACCGAGAAUGGAACAUUGGGAAGCUGCACUUAGAGUGGUUCGAUACUUGAAAAAGAAUCCUGGGCAAGGCAUUUUGUUGCGCUCUAAUAGUAACCUAAGUUUGCAAGGGUGGUGUGACUCAGAUUGGGCAAGUUGUCCUUUAACUAGACGUUCAUUGACAGGAUGGUUUGUUUGUCUUGGGAGUUCCCCGGUGUCUUGGAAGACAAAGAAGCAACCAACUGUUUCUCGGAGCUCAGCUGAAGCAGAAUACAGGUCCAUGGCGGCAGCAACCUGUGAGUUAAAGUGGUUGAAACAGUUACUAGGUGAUUUCGGAGUUCGUCAUGCGCAUGGAAUGAAGCUCCUGUGUGAUAGUCAAUCAGCGUUAUACAUUGCUCAGAAUCCAGUUUUUCAUGAACGCACAAAACAUAUUGAGAUAUCUUCACCAAAUCCUUAG